AUGGUGUCUGAACGGUUCAUCUUUGGCUUGAUAAGCCUUCAUCUGAUCAUGGGUUGCACUGGUGGUGACGACAUGUGUAAGGCCUCCAUUGGUGGUCGUAGAGGGGCGUGUCCUUCUACUUGGAUCCAGUGGGGCGGCAAAUGCUACAAAGUCAUCACUGAGCACCUGACAUGGAUUGAGUCAAAAGAUGAGUGCACCAAGAUGGGAGGUGCCAUGGUCGUGCCACAGUCUCAGAAGAAAACUGAUUUCCUCGUGGCGCUAGUGCCCGAGGCUGCAUACCUGUUUUGGAUCAAUUGCAACGAUCUAGAGGAAAAAGAUACUUGGAAGUGUCAGGAUGGUACUGAUGAGGUGGAGUUCAGGAAUUGGGACCCUUUAAACAGCCAACCUGACAACUGGGGGCAUAAUGAGCACUGUGCUGGGGUAUGGUCAGGAGGGAAAUGGAACGACUUCCAAUGUGAUACGACACUCCCUGCAAUAUGCAUCCGACCUGCACCACAGCUGCACUUUUAA